AGCGUAAAUUGGACCUGAAGUCAAGGAAUAGUUGCUGUCCAGGAUUUUGGAUAUGUCGAUGAACAACGAUUCCGACGAUUAACUCAUUAACUUCAAUAUUCCAACACCAAACCUUCUCUAAAAUACCUUCCGGAUGUUCCUAAUAAUCGUUAGAGAGUUUAUGAUGGACCCUUGAUAAUCUAAAUGGAGAAUCCUGAGAGGAAUCCAACCAAUCCAGAUGUAGUCCAGUAUAUUCCAAAUCCCAAGGAGAAAUGGGAUGAUAGAGAUUGCAAGAAGCACAAUCCGGAAAACGUCGCCAAAGCAGCCAUCUUCAAGACACUUGAUCCCAUCAGCUUCUCCAAGAUCAAGCAUCUCAAGACUUCCAUGGAGAUAUGGCAAGGUCUUGGGAAGCUAUGCGAAGGAUCAGAGGAUCUAAGAAAGCAGAAGAUAGAAGUCCUGCUUGAGAAGUUCAAAAUCUUCAAAAUGCUUCCCGGAGAAUCAUUUGAUACGUUGGAUGAAAGAUUCCACAAAAUCCUGAAUGAUCUUGCAUCACUUAACCACAUUCUUUCUCCCAAAGAAAAGAAUCGUAAAGCUGAGAAGUCCAACCAUGAGGAUCGGUGGACUAUGUCAGAAGAUGACAGCCUCUGCCUAAUGGCCAAAGAUAAUGCUGAUCAAGAGUUCAAAAAGAUAAUGGAAGAUUUUGAUGGAAUAAAUCUCAAACACUCAUCCUUGACAGAGGAGAACAAGCUAUUGAGUGAAGAGAAUCUCAAGUUGACUGAAGGUCGGAAAAGUCAACUAAGUGAGAUUACUCAACUUAAGGCUGAGAAUGAAUCUCUUUCUGAAAAGAUGAAAUCCCUCAACAAGGAGCUAGGGAUACUAAGGUCCAAAGAAGCAGUGGAUAAGCUUCUUAAAACGACCAAACAUAAGGGCAGUGAAGGACUUGGGUUUGACCCUUCCAGUUCCAAAAGGAAAGGGAGAAUAACUUUCAUCCCUCCUAAACCUACUGCCAAACCCAAUAAGCAGAAAGGAAAGGAGAAGGAGAAACCCACAGAUGUUCCCAAAAAGGUAGUCCCUCCUAAGAACUAUAGGAAGAUGGACACACCUCAAAAAGGAAACAAUUUCAGAAGAAAACCUUCUAACCCCCACUAUACACGAGGCUAUACUCAUUAUGGGAUAGAUAGGAGAACUAUCCCAAGAUAUAGUCAUCCUCCACCCCAGAAACUAUUUGUUCCACCUAAGUAUGCUUACAACCGACACAGGCCACACUAUGCAAAACCUAGACAAAACUAUAGGUCUUAUCAACCUAGGUUUGCUAGGAGGAAACAGGAAAUUGCACCACGUGCACGUAGGAAGUUUUAUGCCUACAACUACAACUACAAUCCCAACAAGUUUAGAGCUGAAGCCACUAAGUACCCAGGUGUCUGGUACUUAGACAGUGGUUGUUCAAGACACAUGACGGGUGAUGCGAGCCUUUUGAGCAAUCUAAUUCCCUAUGAUGGUCCAAUAGUUACUUUUGGAGGAAGAAACGAUUUUGGCCUUACAAGAGGGCUAGGAAAUCUGGUGUACAAGGGACUAACCAUCCAAGCUGUAUCUUAUGUAGAAGGUCUCAAUUAUAACCUUCUUAGCAUAAGUCAGUUUUGUGAUAAGGGUUAUUCUAUGGAAUUCUGCAAGGACAUGGCAUCCCUCAAAAACAUCUCCACAAAUGAAGUCAUUCUCACUGGGAAGAGAAUCAGAAACAUCUAUGAAGUGAUGUGGGACGAUGUCAAGGAAGCAUGCCUUUGGCAUAAGAGGUUGAGUCAUCUUAACUUCAAAACUCUCAACAAACUAUCCAAAGAAGGGUUAGUAGAAGACAAGGAUGAAGAAGUCAAUGAAGGAGAUAGAAUGAAGCCUCUGGAGUUCAUUCCAUUCAAAAGACUACCACUGAAGACUUCAGAAAGAAAUCCGGAUUCAAACAGUGCUGAGCCUACCGGAAAUAAUGGCCAGCCGUCCAUUAUUCCGGAUCACUCAAAUGGUGACAAUUCCGAAAGUGGUGGCCAAGUGCCAAUCCAUCCGGAAUCACCAACAAACUCUGUUUUUCAACCAGAAGCUGAACUAGAUCAACCAGUCAACCCUAAUCAACACAAUCUUCGUUGGUUAAGGGAUCAUCCUCCUCAACAAGAUGGACCCUUGAAAAUCCAAAUGGAGAACCCUAAGAGGAAUCCAGCUGCUCUAGAUGUAGUCCGGUAUAUUCCAAAGCCCAAGGAAAAAUGGGAUGAUAGAGAUUGCAAAAAGCACAAUCUGGACAACAUCGCCAAAGCAGCCAUCUUCAAGACACUUGAUCCCAUCACCUUCUCCAAGAUUAAGCAUCUCAAGACUGCCAUGGAGAUUUGGCAAGGUCAUGGGAAGCUAUGUGAGGGAUCAGAGGACCUGAGAAAGCAGAAGAUAGAAGUCCUGCUUGAGAAGUUCAAAAGCUUCAAAAUGCUUCCCGGAGAAUCAUUUGAUAUGUUGGAUGAAAGAUUCCACAAGAUAUUAAAUGAUCUUGCUUCACUUAACCACAUUCUUUCUCCCAAAGAAAAGAAUGUAAGGUUGCUGAGAUCACUUCCAACUGAGUGGUACACUAAAGCCACAGCCAUGGAAGAAGGAAGAAACCUGGAGAACUACACUGUUCAAGGUCUCCUUGAUGAACUCAGAACCUAUGAGCACGAGCUAAAGAAGAAGAAGGAAGAACAAGUCACUCCCUUCCCCACGGCAUUGAUGACAACUCCAAGAGUCCCAUCAAGUGAAGGGACAUGCACAAGAAACUGUGACACACCUUCCUCCAGCCAGCCGUCAAGCUCAAAAACGGAGAACUUCGAUGAGGAAUUUGCCAUGAUGAUCAAACAAUUCCGGAAGUUCAAGAAGUUCUUCAAAAAGGCUGAUUCAAUCAGAAGGCCAUCCAAGGGAAAUCCACAAGUAAGUGGCUCCCCUCUUGAAUCUUAUUUAUGCUAUAACUGCACGAAGCCUGGCCACUGGAAGUCAGCAUGCCCGUACCCAAAAGUGGAGAAGUACGGAGAAAGAGAAAGGAUCGAGAAGAAAAAGAAAGCAAUGGUUGCUCCUGAAAGUGACGAGUCAUCCAGCUCAAGCUCGGAUGAAGAAGCCAUCGUCUGCAUGGAGCGCAGAGUUGAGAAGUCCAACCAUGAGGAUAGGUGGACUAUGUCAGAAGAUGACAUUCUCUGCCUAAUGGCCAAAGAUGAUGCUGAUCAAGAGGUAACCUCACAAACCUCCUGCUCAUCUUCUUAUAGCAUACCAACUUCUGAAAAUCUUUUUGACCAGUUCAAAAAGAUUAUGAAAGAUUUUGAGGAGAUAAAUCUCAAACACUCAUCCUUAACAGAAGAGAACAAACUAUUGAGUGAAGAGAAUCUCAAGUUGACUGAAAGUCGGAAAAGUCAACUGAACGAGAUCACUCAACUCAAGACUGAAAAUGAAUCUCUCUCUGAAAAGGUGAAAUCCCUUAACAAAGAGCUAGGGAUACUUAAGUCCAAAGAAGCAGUGAACAAGCUUCUUGAAACUACCAAACACAAGGGUCGCAAAGGACUUGGGUUUGACCCCUCUAGUUCCAAAAGGAAAGGGAAAACAACUUUCAUCCCUCCUAAACCUACUGCCAAACGAAAUAAGCAGAAAGGGAAGGAAAAUGAGAAACCAACAGAAGUUCCCAAAAAGUACCAUUGUGUUCAUAAGAGUGAGGAGAGCAGUCUGAUAUUGUUGGUUGCCACCAAAGUUGCCGGAGUUGGGAGUUAUCGUCGCCGGAAGUUUCGCCGUAAAAUUCUCAAAACCUCCAAUAAGCUUGGAGGUAAGCAGAAAGCAGAAUGUGAUCCUGGUGGCAGAUGGGGCGAGAUUGUCGGGAUGGAUGUGACAAGACUCAAUUAUAACCUUCUUAGCAUAAGUCAGUUUUGUGAUAAAGGUUACUCCUUGGAAUUCUGCAAGGACAUGGCAUUUCUCAAGAACAUCUCCACAAAUGAAAUUAUUCUCACUGGGAAGAGAAUCAGGAAUAUCUAUGAAGUGAUAUGGAACGAUGUCAAGGAAGCAUGUCUAAUCAGCAGAGAUCUUCUCACUCAAAUUUCUGAGAAAAUGAAGAUUGUUGGCGCUACUAUCCAUUUCCAAAAGUUGGAAGCCAAGUGCUCCUCACCAACGUUCUAUCAAUCCUAUCUGGAGAUGAUUGCUGCUCAAGAGCUCUCCGAAUUCCUUCAUAUGGAGAUUCGAUUCAAGUAUGGGAACAAAGUUCUUGAAUUCUACAAGAAUGGAAAGGUCAAGACUGUCAAAUCGAAGAAGGACCCACAAAGGACGAUUCAAGUCAUCAAUUCCACUGUUGAAGGGACAAAAGUGAAGCUUUCGCAGAAGAAAUUGGGAGAAAAGCUUCACCUUCCCAAUUCUGGAGUUGAAAUUGGGAGACUUCAAGCCAAGAAUCUGGAUUGGAACGUUAUUAGAAUUUCUGGGCAAGCUCCCUCUGGCCCAUCGAAGAAAACUAAUCUGAACAACGACUACAAGCUAGUCCUUGAACUGGUCAUCGCAUGCCUUGAAUGUGGAAGUGGAGGACAUGCUGAUGACAUCACCCAAGAGAGGGCCUUCAUCAUCAAUGCCCUCAUUACCAAGUCUAAGGUAAAUUGGGCUGCUCAUUUCUUCAAUUCCAUCUCAAAGCAUCUGGGAAAACCCAACCAGAAAUACCUUUGUCAAGGUCUGUACAUUGGACAUAUCUUGGAGUCCUUGGGUGCUGCUUCUGAAGGAAAGAAGUAUGAAGCCAGAUAUUGGCUAUACUAUCUAUCUUCCAAAGGGGAAAACAGAGCUGGUGCUAGCACAACUGCAGAGGAAAGUUCUUCAGACAAUGUCCUUAUCAUGAGUCUAAACAAGUCAGUAAAGAGAAAGCAAGUGGUGUCUUCCUCUCACAGUGUUGAAGCACCACAAAAACUUGCUCCAAUCAAUCUUGAAGAAGAAGAAGAAUUCUCUCACCAAGGAGAACUACAAAGGAAAAAUAAGAGGAAAAUCACCUUUCCCUCAACAUCUGGAUAUGUCAAUCCGGAUGAGUUGAAGGAGAAGGAACCAACUGAGGAAACCUCUGCCCACAACCGGAGUCCUCAACAACUUGAAGAAGAAAUUCCUCAAAGAGCUUGGAAAGUUGGAAAUUCAGCAGAACAGUUGCUGAGUUGGGACCAGCAACUGAAGAAUGAGAAGAUUAUCAAGAAAUGCCUAGGACUACCAGUCAACCAUAGCUGUGAAGAAAUCUUGGAUGACUACUGGGUAUGGCAAAGGAACCAAGAAGACCUGCAUCUGGAAUACUUGGUCACCUCACCAAUUUCAGAAUUUGAAGUGGAUGAUGAGGAUCCUGCAGUCUACAAACGAGUCCUCUCAAAAACCACAGAAGAUCAGAACCAGGAAGGAUCAAAUGAAGAACUCCAGCAACUUCUCCAUUCUGAAGCUUUAGAGAUUCUCACAAAUCCUUGUGAGAUCACCAAUCCUACUGAAACUGAGAUCCCGGAGAAAUCAGCAGAAAAUCUGGAGAUGUCCAAAACUCCAGAAACAAAUAAAGCUCAAGAAGAGCAAGUUGUAGAAGCCCAAAGAAGUUCUGCAGAAGCUGAGAAGGAAACUCAAAUGGCAGAACUGGAGGCCUCCAAAUCUCCAGUAGCCAUUUUUGAAGAACAGAAUGAAGCUGAAGAAAGAGACUCCCUCUCUAGGGAUAUAUCAAAUUUAACACUUGGAGAAGCAGAAGAAGAAUUUGAAAGGACUCUGAAGAUCAAUGAUGAAGAAGAUGUACAAGAUGAUGCUGAAUCUCUUCCUAUGAAACUCUUCCAAAGAACACCCUCUUCUCAUCAGACGAUGGAGACAUAUGCAUCUGACAGUUAUCUUCAACUCAAGGAGGUUAACAAAAUCAGAGAGCAAAUAGCAAAUGUUACAGUUAGUCUACAAAAACAAAUGUCCAUUCUCCAAAUGGACAUCAGAGCAGCUCUGGCAGUGUCUUCAGCAAAUCAAGUAGUAACCAAAGACUACUUGAAGAAGCUAAAAGAUCAAAUGGCAUCAAGGAUGUUCAACGCAGGAGUUACCGAGGGACAAUCAACCACGAGGCCACCUUUGUUCGAUGGAACAAACUACUCAUAUUGGAAGGAGAGGAUGAGAAUUUUUAUCCAAUCCAACGACUACAAGCUGUGGUUGAUUGUGAAGAACGGCUGCGGAGUCCCGAUGAAGAAAGUCGGUGAGAUCAACGUUCCCAAAACCGAAGAGGAGUUCACCGACGAAGAUUGCAAAAAGAUGGAGCUCAACGCAAAGGCAAUAAACAUGAUUUAUUGCAGUGUUAAUGCGGAUGACUACCGCAAAAUUUUGCGGUGUGUAACCGCAAAACAAAUGUGGGAGAAAUUGGAGGUCACCUACGAAGGAACCGCGCAGGUUCGGGAGGCCAAAAUCGACCAUCUUACUCACAAGUACGAACUCUUCUCAAUGAAGGAAAACGAGAAGAUUGAGGAAAUGUUUGAGAGGUUCUCUAACAUCAUUAAUCAUCUCAAUCUUCUCGGGAAGACCUACACCGACCAAGAGCUCGUGAGAAAGGUGCUGCGAAGCCUAUCCCCCAAAUGGCGUUCAAAGGUGGACGCAAUCGAAGAAGGUCGUUACUUCCAAACAACGACCUAUGAUGCUCUUCGAGAUGAUGACAGCAACGACACCGACCUCGGACUCUUUGUCCGAAAAUUCAAGAAGAUGAUGCUCAAGAAGGGAGCACAGAAGAACACUCCACCCAAAUGCUAUGGGUGUGGUGAAAUUGGACACAUCAAACCAAUGUGUCCGAAGCUCAAGAACGAGAAGGACAAGAGGGCACCGAAGAAGCAACGUGCCUACAUCUCUUGGGAGAACGACGGCUUCGGGAGUGAAGACUCAGAAACGGAGGAAGUGGCCAACUUAUGCCUAAUGGCCAUUGAAGAUGGUGAUACAUCAAAAGAGCUAAGUGUCUCAUUACCAAAGAAGAAGAAACAUGGCUAUGGCAUCGUCGAAUAGCUCACGUUAAUAUGGAUCAUCUUAAUAAGUUGGUUUCAAAAGACUUAGUAAUUGGUGUUCCUAAACUUAAGUUUGAGAAGAAUCUAAUUUGUGAUGCAUGUCAAAAAGGAAAGCAAGUAAGGGCCUCGUUUAAGUCAAAGAACGUUAUUUCUACGACUAGGCCAUUACAACUUUUGCACAUGGACCUCUUUGGACCUUCAAGGACUAUGAGUUUAGGAGGUAAUUACUUUGGCUUUGUUAUCGUUGAUGACUAUUCGAGGUUUACAUGGACACUCUUUCUUGCUCAUAAGUAUGAUGCACUUAAUGCUUUUAAGAAAUUCAUUAAAUUGGU